UGCCCCAAAGAAGAGGCAAAGUCAAUCAAGCAUAUUAUAUCUCGUGAAGAGCUUUUCUUCUCUUCUUAUAAUCUGUGGCUCUCUUGAAGAACAUAGCAACUAUACACCCUUUCCUCUGUCUCGAGAUCUCUUACUUCUCAUCCCUUUUUCUGAAUAUUAUUCUUCUUUUUCAAGUUCGAUAUAAAUAGUUCUUGCAUGGCCUUUUCUGUAAGUACUCUAAAAAUAUAGCAGCACUAUAGCUGGUUAUUAUUAGAUAUGAGUAACACUAUGAUGCCGAGGGUUAAGGUCAUGGUCUAUCUGGUUUACGAUAGGGGUUAGCUUAUCUUUAUUAUUAAUUAGCUUUUAGCUUUAAGCAAAAAAAAACCCUCUAUUCUUUCAUAUCGAUCUGUUCAUAUAUAUAUUAUAACUUUUCAAUAAUUUUCUUAUAUUAUAUGAAAGGUGAUCAAGGUUGUAGAACUAUUGUCUCUGGUUCCUGUUUUUGAGCCCAAACAUACCAAGAUCUCACCCACCUUAAUUCCACUUUUUCUUUCUUAAAUCUUUUUCCACACACAUAUAUAUAUAUACACAUAUAUAAGUAGUAUUAUUGAUAUGGAUAAAGUGAAGAAGGGCAGUUUGAUCAACAAAACGUGGGAGCGAUGCAAGUCCUUAGGCCGCCGUGGCCACAACUCACCGCCGGCGGGUCGGAUGACGACGAAGAGCAAAUCAUGCCCACGCAUGAAUCUGGUCAUCCCCGUCAUGGCGUCGCCUGAGGCGGAAGAAUACGAAAAGCGCAGCGGUAGUCCUGAGAUUGGUGGUAAUAACAAGAAAGUGAAGGGUUGUUUCUCGGUCUACGUCGGAGCUGAGAAGCAGAGGUUCGUGGUGAAAGCAGAGUACGCCAACCACCCACUCUUCAAGAUGCUGCUCGAAGAAGCCGAGUCGGAGUUUGGCUACGAUAACCAAGGUCCCAUUAUGCUGCCAUGCAACGUUGAUGUGUUUUAUAGAGUGUUGGUGGAAAUGGAUGAUGAUGAUACCGGCGCCGCCGCCGAUAAGAUUCACCGCCCUGGUUGCGGCUUCGUGAAGCGCCACGCCACCUCUUAUCAACUUCUCAGCCCCUCUCGCAUGGUGGCCAUUAAUCAGUUUUAAUAAUUACGUAUAGUACCACGUCGGUCUCUCUGCUGUGUGUCAAUAUUAUAUUUAUGUAUUAUUAAUUCUCUUAAUAUAUAAAUAGAUAUUGAAUAGUGAAAAAUAUAUAUGUACAAGUUCGGUGUGUACGUGUGUAAUAGUUUCGCGUUUGUUGUUUAGUAAUAAAAUUUUCGACAGCAUUAUCGAA